AACAACGGUUGUGCCAAAAAGGGCCACAGCCAUGUGCAGCCAAUUUGCUGCACGAACUGCGCCCGGUGUGUGCCCAAGGAUAAGGCCAUUAAGAAGUUUGUCUUUCGGAACAUUGUAGAAGGCGCUGCAGUCAGGGACAUAUCUGAAGCAGGCGUCUUUGACGCUUAUGUGCUUCCCAAGCUCUGUGUCAAGCUGCACUACUGCGUGAGCUGUGCCAUUCAUAGCAAAGUCAGGAAUAGAUCUCGUGAGGCCCGGAAGGACCGAACACCUGCUGGCGCUGCAUCACAAUCUCCACCAAAGCCCAUGUAA